GGAUAGUUCAUGGUGUGAUAAUGUCUACGUUGUGUUACCAGGGGAGAGGUCCAGCAGCAGUGUGUGUAGGAAGGAUAGUUCAUGGUGUGAUAAUGUCUACGUUGUGUUACCAGGGGAGAGGUCCAGCAGCAGUGUGUGUAGGAAGGAUAGUUCAUGGUGUGAUAAUGUCUACGUUGUGUUACCAGGGGAGAGGUCCAGCAGCAGUGUGUGUAGGAAGGAUGGUUCAUGGUGUGAUAAUGUCUACGUUGUGUUACCAGGGGAGAGACAACACUGUGUGUAGGAAGGAUAGUUCAUGGUGUGAUAAUGUCUACGUUGUGUUACCAGGGGAGAGGUCCAGCAGCAGUGUGUGUAGGAAGGAUGGUUCAUGGUGUGAUAAUGUCUACGUUGUGUUACCAGGGGAGAGACAACACUGUGUGUAGGAAGGAUAGUUCAUGGUGUGAUAAUGUCUACGUUGUGUUACCAGGGGAGAGGUCCAGCAGCAGUGUGUGUAGGAAGGAUAGUUCAUGGUGUGAUAAUGUCUACGUUGUGUUACCAGGGGAGAGGUCCAGCAGCAGUGUCUGUCAUAAGGAGAAGGUGGUGAUGGUGGAGCGGCUGGGGUUUGCCACGGUAACCAUGUUCGGCGAGGACAGGUCCUGCAACGUGUUCUUUGGAGACGGGAGCGUCGUCACUGCCACCUGCAACGGAGCGUACCAAGAGUACAUGGAGCAGGUUGUCCAAAGAGAGAAACUGACAGAGAAGAUGCAGCUGAAUGACCCUCGUACUGAGGAGGAGAAGAUCCACGCUGCUGACCUGCUCAAACUGGUCCUGUCACUUCCAGAGUCAGAGCACCCCACUAUAGAGAACAGAAUCUGCCCCGUGGAUGCAGCCACCCUGUACAUCCAGGCAGUGAAGACUCCAGCCCUGCAGACUGAGGCCUCGCUCUCAGAGAAAGACACAGACAGCUUCAGUGAAGAGGCACAGGAAACUAUGUGGAAGAGCAGGAUAGAGCAACACAGACAGGAGCUGGACCAGGAGAAGAUUUACAGAGAGGCUCUAAGAAACAGAAUCAUUCCUCCUUAUUUCCACUCCGAGAAAGGAGCAGGUUUUGAGUACUCGGAGGUCCCUGAUAUGAGAGCUCUGUCUCAGGACCUUCCUCCAUUCCCCAAGACUCCCAACUCCCAGAACUACCUCGAGGAUGCCCCUCGAGAGACAGCAGCCCAGCGACCUUUGAACCCCACGCCCUCUCACGCAGCAGGAAGUGAUGCGCUGCCUAGGAGACCCACCAACCCCACCCCUCAAACUGCAGGGGACAGCUCUCAUGGUGUCUCUACAGUGAAGCAGCAGCAUGGUGGUGGUAUUGAGCCUGGCAGUACCCAGGUGGACGUGGCAGGGAACCCACGCAGACACAGAGUCAAGCUGCCAGCCUCCAUCCUCAGCUCCAAACCCUUCAGCGUGCCCAACCAGCAGUUCCUGUGUGUAGAGGAGCCGGUGAGGAGGAAGGUGAAGACUGUGUCUGUGACGGGGGGGCAGCAGCUCGCUCCACGGGGGUUUGAGCUCCUCCCAGCAGAGGUCCAGUUUGGGACCCUAAAGGAGGGCUGCACCUAUAGCAUCCCCGUGCUCAUGAAGAACGUGGGCUUCCACACCUGCAGGUUCAGUGUGAAACAGCCGUCCCCUGGUACUGGAAUCAGAGUCAUCUACACCCCUGGACCUGUGGCUGCUGGGAUGAAGACUGAGCUUCAGGUGGAGCUGUAUGCCAUGACUAUAGGUCUGGAGGAGUCUGCAGAGGGAGAGGUCUACAUCUCACACCACAUCCACAUCAAGACUGAGACUGAGAUCUUCUACCUGCCUGUCUUAGCUACCAUCCUCCCCGAGCGUAUGUAUGACACCAGGACCAAGGAUCAUACCAACGGGCUCCAGACGGGUCUCCAAGGUCCGCCUCAUCUCCUCUCCCCUCUCAGUCAGACGUGGAGUGGUCCUCCCUCGCAGACCUCUUCUCUCCACCACCGGUGAAAUCGAAUCAGACGGAUUGAGACAACUUAUAUAAAACAACUUUCACCGUGGUGUUUUAGUCACAUACUGCCGUUGUUCGAUGGCUGUUGAAUAGAAUACAAUGACUCUUAGGAAUAAAGAACAGUGAUAUAACACA